GCCGUUUUCAUAUCGUUUGAAAUCUGGCUCCAGAAAAGUGGAGAAAAAAAAUAUAUACGUAAAUGGAUUUUGUGUGAUAAAUUUUUUUAAAAUUGUGUAUUAUUACAUAUGAAAUUUGUAUUUGUCUUGAGUUUAUAAAUUAUUUUACAUUCAAAAGUGAUAUUUAAAAGGAAUGAAAAGGAAAUUAUAGACGCUUUAUACAUUUUGGUGAACUUGAUUGAACUUAACCGCAAAAUUUUAUUUGCGCGAAUAUAUAUUUUGCUUGGAGGUCUUUAUUUUCUAUAAAUAUCUUGAAUUUUGUGGCAUUUAAAUUUGGAAGCUCAUUGAAUGCAUUUCUCAUUGAGAGGUGAAAAUGACAAUUAACAUAAAGUUUAAGUUGUAAUUUUUAGGAGAAAUAGUCCAUUAUUCGUGCUUGUAAACAAUAUGCUUCUAUGAAAAAAGGAAUAUUCUUUGAAAUAAUAAAUCUUUGACUUGAAAUUAUAAAAAUGGGUAAUAUCGUAUCCAGAUUUCGUAAAAAGAAAACAACCAUAGAGAUUCUUGAAAAUCUUGACAAGAAUAUCAAAGAAAUCGAAAAAUAUGGACUUUUUACUGAACAAAGGCACAAAAAAAUAGUUGGAACUUUAGUUGCUUAUAGUGUUAUUCUGUACAUAAUAGCAGCAUUAACAUGUUACUUCUAUUUUUUUCCUACAUCGCCAUACGAUCAAUUAAUUUACGUCACGCCGCUGCUCAUCUUUCCUAUAUUGAUAAUAUUUGUCAAGAAAUUGGUAUCUUGGUAUUAUAAACGUAAGCUUCGAAGAAAUGAGGAGAAAUUAUCAUCAAUGCAGAAAGAUAAGAAGAAAAUUUUGGAUGAAGUAACGGAGACUGAAACCUACAGGAAAGCCAAAGAAAUUUUAUUAAAGUUCGCACCUGAUCAAUUGCGAAUGUCUCCCCUCUCGCCUCAGGUUAGUGAAAAAAACAAUAAAGUGAAAUUACACCAGCCGAAUUAUUCCAUAACUUCGUCAAGUGCAGAAACGCCUCGUCGAACAAAUACUCCGCUAACAUCUGGACCAGUUCUUCCAUCCGGUGUUUCUGAAUUGAGACGAAGGGCACUUACAUCAAACGCUGCUCAAACCGGUAGAUUAUCAAAUAUUGGACCAUAUACUACAGCCAUUGGUUCACCUCUCGCAUCUCCCCUUGCGUCGUCGAGUUAUCAGCCAAUUAGGGCAAACAAUGCACCAACAACCGGUCCCACUGGAACUCCACUUCCUCGGCCAAUACUUCCACAGCAGAGAAGCUAUUUAGAUAAACUUGUCGAGUAUCUAGUUGGAGAUGGUCCAUCGAAUCGAUACGCAUUGAUUUGUCGUCAAUGUGAAUCGCAUAAUGGAAUGGCUUUGAAGGAAGAAUUCGAAUAUUUCGGAUUUAAAUGCUGCUACUGUAAUUUUUGGAAUCCAGCACGAAAACAAAAACCAUCGGCUCCUAAAUUGGACUGGGACUAUAAUCCCUUGAGUUCAUCCUCAAUAACAUCGCUUACAAUGGCAAAUCUAGGUACAAAUUUACAAGCUCCAAAAAGCUCAGACAAUGACGGGUCGAGCAGUCCUUCGGAAACUGAUUCGGACAUUGAAGUAGUCGAAAAACCUGUCGAAACGCCAGAAAGUGAAACAUUCGAAGAAGAAGAAGAAGAAGAAGAAGCGGGAGAAAAGGAUACAGGCGAAAGUCCAAUUGGAAAUGAAGAGGAAAGAAUCGAGCAAGUUAGAGAGGAAUCACAGAGUGAAGUAAUGGAGGUCGAUCAAUCUCCACUAAAGUAACUAAAUUAUAAUUAUCCAUAUAAUUUAAUUGUCUCGAUUUUUGAGAGAAAAUCCACAAAAUGUACCAUUUUCAUUCAAAAGGUCAAUUCUUGAAUGUGAUGAAUAUUGAUCUUCUAUAUUUUAUAGGCACACUUGAAUGUGUUUUUGUAAGCAAGAAAAUAACAUGCAAAAUAUUUCUCGAAUAUUUAUCUCAAAUGAAUUUUUCAUCGAAAAAAAGAAGUUAAUAAAAUUGACGAAAUAUUAAAGGCCACGGCACUAUUAAUAUGACUAGAAAAUUCUCUUGUUUACUAUAAAUGCUCAAAGAAAUUUAUCGCAUAAUGAAAAAGUUUAUAGUUAAAAAAAAGGAAAAAUUCGUAAAUUCAAAAAAAAAAGAAA